AUGUCUUCAUAUAUGCAAAUAGAGAGAGUUGUUCCAAGACUUGGAAUGGUUUAUGGAGUUCUCAUGCAAGGACGAAACAAAGAACUAAGCCUUGUUCAAAGAAUGAUGUCUCUUCUGCUGUUUGACAAUAUUUGUGAUCAAAAGGUUUUUGAUAGACUACAACCUGUAGGAGUGUGUAUUGGAUACGAGAGAAGCUUGAAAGUAAUACAAAACUUUGGGGGAAAGUAUAAAGAGCAACUAAUUGAAGAAAUUCAGAACAACAAAACCAUCCGCAUCGUGGGCGACAAUAUCAACUGGACAGUUGGUGUGCAUGAUCAAAGACAAGACAACAGAGGCCAUAUGCAGCAUGCCUUUGGAUCCGCCGCAAUUGUUCAGAAUAUCUCAUUUGAUCAUCUUUCAAACAUAUACCCACAGCGAGAUUUUUGUUCCACACCAGUUCAAGCAUUUUUACCAUCUCCUGAAGAUAACGAAGUUUUAACCAGGGACUAUACGAUCAUUUCUGCCAGGGUCAUGUUAAAACACUUGCCAUAUUUUCGCCAGUUUCGAGAUAUUGUUCCUACUUAUAUUAGUCAACCAACCUACCCUGAGCUUCAGCAGAAGUCUAAAGUCAUCCCACUUCCAGUGCUUUACAAAAAUGAACAGAGUUAUAAGGAUGUUGUAGAUAUAUUAGAAUUUUAUGAAGAUCUUGUUCUGGAUGUUUGUCGAAAAUGCAACAAAGAUGAGAAUGAUUUUUUCAUUCAUGUAGGAGGGGAUCAGUUGACGAGAGAAAGGUUUUCUGGGGCAAAGGCCAUGAGGGCUCAUGAAGAUGAGCGGAAAGAUCGUUUUGAGAACAUAAGUCCCAUUACAUUUGAACUUUUCCACAUGCAAAUGAAUUUCCUGAAAAUGGCAUUCAAAAUUUUAUACAAAGAGAACAGUGUUGGUGAUAGGGGAACAUUAAGUCAUUUGAAAAAUAUUAUUUCCAGAACAAACGUAAAUGAAAAUAUCAACACCCACUAUGAUGCAGACAAGGACUUUUUUGUCUCUGUUGUUGAUAUGUAUAUAGUAGAAUGUGUUCUUGAGUAUUUUGGAAAGCCAGAUGUCAAUUCCGCUCCUUCUAAACACAUUUUACCCGAAUUUGCUGACGACGAAAUAAAAAGGUGUUGGUUUUUUAAUGAAGUUGGAACAAUGCUGAAGAACGAAAUUAAGACAAUGAAUAUGGGUGAACAGGAGGUUGAAGGACAAGUAAACGGACAUAUUCCAGCAGACAGGAGGAUGGAAUACUUAGUUAAACAAAUAAAAGAACAUAUCAAGCAUAUGUUCUCCAACAAAACUGAAAGAAAUGUUAGGAACAGGUCUAGUGCCAUAUCAAGCAUCAGAGAAAUUGCUGAGCAUUAUGAUGAAAUCUCAGGUGUUGUCGAAAGAUCAAAACGACAUUCCGACAAAUCAGCUGUUGGUGACGAACUGUCAAUUCUAAAUGAACUGAGAGAGGUUAGACCUUUUUCGUUUGAAGAAGGGCGCCAACACGAACAGUUCUCCGAUAUCCAGGCUUCCUCGUCUACAAAUAUUAAUGUAACCAACUACCACCGUUGGAUAGAAAAUAAAAAGCUCCAGUUUUCCGUUGAAUAUGGAAAUUAA